AUGGAUGCUUUUCUCACGAGGCUCACGCAGCAGGCGAUGAACUAUGCCAUUCGCUCAGGCAUAGCGAUCACUGCCAAAUAUGCCAUCAGUCAAUCGUCUCGCUUACUCAAAAAUGUUGACGAUGGUGAAGAGAGGGAAGAGCUACUUACGCUUCAGCACCGACUGGAAAGCAAGAUACAGGUCAUUUCGCCCGCCAUUGACAUGAUUGAACUCAUUGCUGCAAGAGGUAAUACAUCACUAGAGUCAGCUGUGUUCCUCACAAAAUCUCUUCGCUGGGAUAUCCAGUCCCUCGGACAGCGGCUAGCAAAGACUGCUGCAUCCGAAGAACUGUACCUCAGAGGGGCAAACCCCCAAAGAGACCGUUCCCAACACAAGGCAGAGAUCAAGCUUAUCAUCAAGGACAUCAAAAGACUCCUUGUUCGUAUCGAGGAUGCCGUGCCGCUUAUGAACUUGGCUAUCACGACGUCGGGUGCUAAGCUAUCAACAAACCUCCCAUCGAGUGUGUCUCCAUCCCGACUGCUACAGGCAAGCACCUUCCUGACUGCUGGCGAUACGCAAUACUCUAUGUAUCCAUCUCAAGCGGUCCAGAUUGGCCCUACAUUCACUCUGUCUAUGUACAUGCUCUUUUCCAGUCACCUUCGGCCGCAUGAUGAAGAAGGUAUCCGCGAGGCAACCUGGAAGGAAGUUAUGCACAAGGCGCGUUUGAAGCUCCGCAGGGUACCUAUGGACCUAGCCGCAAUCCCCCAGUCUGAGACACCGCAUUUGAGGCUUCCUGCCGAGGCAAGAAUUGACGAAUUUGCCUAUCAAGUGUUAAUCAUCGAAGAUCUGGAUGAUGGCAGAGUCCAUACAUUCGACGAAAGUGAGCCGCAACCCCACAGCUACGAAGGUGUCAGCACGGCAGGUUUACGCGAAAUUCUUCCAAUCCACGAAAUCUCCAAGAUCUUCUAUGCAGAUACCGGCAAGAUCCUAAAUAUCAACACUGAAGGAGAGACUAACAACCCCGUUCUCCUCCUGAAGAGAGAUAUCAACGCCAUACCACCCCGACGUAUGGUUGAACGCGACGAGACAGUGUCUGGCCUCGCUCCCGGGGAUCACCCAGAAGAUGAUGAGGGAGAGGAGGAAAUUGACGAGAUCCAAGCCCAGCUAGAUGCCCAACUCAACGAGGCAAAUGCCCACCCCGGACAACCUAGUUUCCACAGAAGCGCCAUCCCAGAGGAAUGGCGACUCCCCAAAGAUCUAGAUCCCGAGUGGAUUGCAUUCGAAGUGUACAACGAAGAAGAGUCAUCCGACUCGGAAUCAGAAGCAGAAGAGGACCACACCUCACCAUCUAGAGCGGGCUCCAUCGAUCCCGAAAGGAUGGCGAAGCUUUCUCUCCACGACAACACAACCACGCCAUCGCGCCGCAGCACCCCCUCUUCAUCCCAGCGCAUAUCCACAGCCACCGUCUCAAAUCCCCACUUCAACAACAUCCGCACAUCUCUAUCCCUCCUGGAGACCCUCCUCCGCCUCACCUCCCUCCAACAAUUCCAGCAACAAUCACACCUAUCCAUUAGUGACGAGCUUCUCAACUUCUUCCUCGAGGAAUCAUCAACCACCGGCGCCGGAGGCGACGAACAACACCGCCAACGGCUCCGCGCUGACGCAAGACGCAGAGUUGGCUGGGAUCCGUAUGAUGAGAGCCCCGUCAAACGAAGAGGCGAGGACUACCAGUACGCAUGGACGUCAGAGGGUACUCCGCUCAGAUUCUCGCGCGAGACGAGCGAAAUGCCCUACUCGCCUGGUGAUAGCAGGACUAGAGGAUUCCAUCUAAGGUCCCGAGAGAAUACUCCCGAGACACCGUUACGGUACGGGCGCUCCGCCUCUGUGCAGUCGUCGGAUCUUAAGUCCCGUGGCGCUCGGCGCGGACCGUCAUCGGCUGUUCUUGCUAGUGAGAGGUCGAGGGGAGGGUCUCCUCUUUCUAGGAAGUCCACACCGGGUCCUGUUGUGGAAGGGGAUGAUGCUGAGGCUGAUGGUCCUUCGGAAGAGUAG